CCAAGUUGUCUCCUUCUUUCAUAAUCCAGACAUUUAAUAUAUAUAUAAUUCAAAAAAGGAUUUUAAAUCGAGACAAAACUUUUUGAGUUAGAUCGAAUCUUAUUAUUGCAAUUAUAUAUAUAUUUUUUUUAAAGCUGAGCUUAUAUCUCCUUUUGAAACCCUUGGAAUUGUUUCGUGUAAUCCCAAAAAGAAAGCUUUCGUCUUUCUCCUGUUUCAGGUGUUCAUCCUCGAGUGCCCUUUGCUCAGGCUGUGUUGUUCUUCUUCUUCUUCUUUGGAGGCUUAGAAUCUCUCUAUGGGAGAAGCUCCAGCGUUUCUAGUGAAUCAUCUGGAGAACGGACACUCCAAUGGCGUCGGUGUAAAAUCUGAAUCCGAGAUCACUGAGAUAUCAGUCGAUAUCGGCGAUCGAACGUUUGUGAUUGGUGGAAAUCAUGAAAGGAACACUUUUUCCAUUGGGGUUCGAAUUCAUGACAAAAACAGUAACAACUGGUUUAGUCCUAUUGUGCUUGGGACAGGUCCUAAGCCCAGCAAGGGGUACUCCGCGUCUGUUCUUAAACAAGGUCGGAUUUUGGUUAUUAAGAAAGGUUCAGCUUGCAAUGACUCCAUCUGGUUCCUUGAGGUAGAUAGUCCUUAUGUGAGGGAACAUAAGAAAUUACUAAGGAAGGAAGUUGUUGCUUGGAGUAAAGGUGUGAGAGGGAAUGCCGAGAAGCCUAUUGUUAUUAGCGGUCCUUCUGGAGUUGGCAAAGGAACGCUUAUCUCAAUGCUUAUGAAGGAGUUUCCUUCAAUGUUUGGGUUCUCAGUGAGCCACACAACUCGAUCUCCGAGGUCUAUGGAGAGAGACGGUGUUCAUUAUCACUUUGCUGACAAAAAAGUUAUGGAGAAAGAAAUUGAAGAUGGAAAGUUUCUUGAGUUUGCUUCUGUUCACGGUAAUCUCUAUGGAACCAGCAUUGAGUCUGUCGAGGUGGUAACAGAUUCAGGAAAGGUAUAUCGUAUAUAUAACAAAGCUUUUGGAUUUACAGAUGAUACGUUUUUAAUGUCAUUGAUUCUUAAACGACGAGUUUCUCUUUUGCUCUUUUGCUCCACACAGAGAUGUAUUCUUGACAUUGAUGUUCAAGGGGCAAGGUCUGUGAGAGCGAGUUCUCUCGAUGCAGUGUUCAUAUUCGUAUGCCCUCCUUCUAUGAAAGAGCUUGAAGAUCGGCUCCGUGCUAGGGGAACUGAGACAGAGGAGCAAAUUCAAAAGCGGCUAAGAAAUGCUGAGGCAGAGAUCAAAGAAGGGAAAUCCUCCGGCAUUUUUGGUCUUAUUUUGUAUAAUGACAACCUCCAGGAGUGCUAUAAGAAGCUCAAGAAACUCUUGGGGCUAGAUGGAGUCGCUCUUGUCAAUGAUGUAGAAACAGAAGGGAUCAAUCUUCCCACCAAGCACACUGUAUCUAAACUGGAAGAUAAGAUCAUUGUUCAAGAAACAGGUGAAGAAACAAGAAACAAGGUUGUGUUGGAUUUAUCUUCGCUUAAUGGAGGAGCACCGGGUAGAACAAGGGGGAUUCUUGUCGAAGCCAUUAAGUUUUAAGAUGACAAAAGACAAAACUGUUAUUUCAUUCAUUACAUAGCCGUAUUUCCUUGGAUUAGAUAAGACAUUUAAAGAGUUAUGAUGAUGCUGAUGAUGAUAAUUACUAAAGAGUUUGGGAUGAUAUGAUAAUUACUAAAGAGUUUGGGAUGAUGAUACUGUUGGUUGUAAUUUGGAUUGACAAGAAUCGAAUAAUCAAAGUUGAUUUUUUUUUUAAA